GAAGGGGCUGGAACCUGAAAUGCCUGGAACCCUGAUCUGCAGCAACUUGAGGGUCACCUUCCAGCCCUGUGGAUGGCAGCGGAGUCAGGAGACUCCCCUGAGCAGUGAGUAUGAUUUUUCCCUGGCCAACAUUGGGCGAUUAGAAGCUGGUAAGUGUGGCGGUUUGGUGAAAGGGCUCACUGUGGGUGCUGGAACCCUUCCUCAUCCUUCCGGUAUUCUCAGAGGACAGACUGAGUGGAUGGAGUGGGAUGGGCUAGAAGAGUUCCUCCUAGAGGGACCCUGAUUCAUGGCUAUACCACUCUUUAACUCUUGACUUCAGUGAAUGGCCCUUCCCGAGUCCAGCUCCUCCGACCAGGGUCCCUGCUUAAAUUUAUCCCUGAGGAGAUUCUGAUUCAUGGCCAAGACUUCCGGCUACUCAGAGUCGGUUUUGAGGCUGGAGGACUAGAGCCUCAGGCCUUUCAGGAAAGACUAAAAUGAGAGUAUGGUGAGAGUAAAGGCCUGAGGAGUGUAACUGUGGAUGAGUGUCUUCCUUUGAAAAACAGGGAGGGUUGGACAAGAUUAUUCCCAAGAUUCCUCCCAGCACUACCAUUCUGUCAUUUUGUGGUUCUAAAUGUGUUUUCCUGACUCCAGUUUUCAUGACCAGUGGAGGCUCCCUUUGUUAGGGACAGUCUUCACUUUUCUUCUCUAUUAGUGGCCAAGACAGUGAAACAACAUAUGAGCCUUAUUGCCUCCUUUUUACUUUAGUCUGAGGCAAAGGAUGGGCUGUCCUUUCUUCCACAGGUGACCAUGGCCAUUGUCCAAGCCAGAGCUCAGAACAGUCUAGCCCAACAGUAUGCAGGGAUAACCCUGAGCAAGGCUGGCCAGAGUUCUGACUCCAGAAAACCACCUAUUCCCCUCUUGGAGACAAUAGAAGACUGGGAGACUGAGCGGAAAAAGCAGGCAGCCAGGGGCUGGAGAGUCAGCACUGUCAAUGAGAGGUUCGACGUAGCCACCAGCCUCCCCCGUUACUUCUGGGUCCCUAACCGAACUCUGGACAGUGAAGUCAGGAGAGCAUUUGGCCACUUCCAUCAGGGCCGUGGACCGCGCCUGUCCUGGCAUCACCCUGGGGGCAGUGAUCUUCUUCGUUGUGGGGGCUUCUAUACAGCCAGUGACCCCAACAAGGAGGAUAUCAGAGCAGUGGAGUCCAUGCUUCAGGCUGGGCAUUCAGACGUUGUCCUGGUAGACACCAUGGAUGAGCUGCCUAGUCUUGCAGAUGUCCAACUUGCCCACCUGAGGCUGAGGGCCCUCUGCCUGCCUGAUUCAUCUGUGGCUGAGGAUAAAUGGCUCUCAGCUCUGGAAGGAACACGAUGGUUGGACUACACCAGGUCUUGUCUUCGAAAGGCCAGUGACAUCUCAGUCUUAGUGACAUCCAGGGUUCGCUCUGUAGUACUUCAAGGCACUACUCGUGGGAAGAUCCUCUGGAGAAGGAAAUGGCAACCCACUCCAGUAUCUUGCCUGGAAAAUCCCAUGGAUGGAGGAACCUGUUUCUUGGCCUUUCUUUCUUUGUCCCUUAUCCCUGUUUAUCACCCAGAGCGCGGUGAUCGUGAUUUCAAUGGCCUCCUCUCUUCACUCGUCCAGCUGCUUUCAGCCCCUGAAGCCCGAACACUGCUUGGCUUCCAGUCACUAGUGCAACGAGAGUGGGUGGCAGCUGGACAUCCUUUCCUGACCCGACUUGGGGGAUCUGGGGCCAGUGAAGAGGCCCCAGUGUUUCUCCUCUUCCUUGAUUGCGUCUGGCAGCUCCUCCAGCAGUUUCCAGCUGAGUUUGAAUUUUCUGAGUUCUUCCUUCUUGCUCUUCAUGACAGUGUCAGAGUUCCUGACACCCUUACAUUCUUGAGAGACACUCCCUGGGAGCGUGGAAAGCAGAGUGGACAGUUCAACAACUAUACACAAGUCUAUACUGCUGGGUACUCCCAGCCCCUGGCUGGGAACUCUAUUAACCCACAGCUAUCUGUCUGGGACUGGAAUUUACGCUACAGCAAUAAACAAAUACUACAAUUCCAUAAUCCUGGCUAUGACCCAGAACACUGCCCAGAUUCCUGGCUCCCUAGACAGCAGCCAAGCUUCAUGGUUCCGGGGCCCCCCAGCUCUGUGUGGCUCUUCUCUAGAGGGGCCCUGACACCCCUGAAUCAACUCUGUCCUUGGCGGGACAGUCCCUCCCUGCUGGCAGUCUCUUCUCGUUGGCUCCCUCGACCUGCUAUCUCUUCUGAAAGCCUGGCUGAUCAGGAGUGGGGGCUCCCCUCACAUUGGGGUGCUUGCCCUUUACCCCCGGGACUGCUGCUGCCUGGAUGUCUGGGACCCCAAAUCAGGCUCUGGAGACGCUGCUACCUGAGGGGAAGGCCUGAGGUCCAGAUGGGCCUCUCAGCUCCCACAAUCUCUGGUCUCCAGGAGGAGCUAUCCCACCUUCAGGAGUUAUUAAGGAAAUGGACACCACGGAUAUCUCCCGAGGAUCACUCCAAGAAAAGAAACCCAAAUACCAUUCUCUCCCAAUCCUGUUGAAAUUGGCUUUCUCACAGGCAGGACAGAAGGUGGUCUGGGGUCAGGGAGAGUUUUGUCUAAUCCUUCGGUUUUUCUUGGACUUCUUGGUGUCUCAGACGGUAAGCGUCUGCCUACAAUGCAGGAGACCCGGGUUCCAUCCCUG